UUGAGGUAUAGCUUUAUUUUUUUCAUGAAGGCCUUUAUUUCCAGAAAAUGUGGAGAGACAAGGCUUGGCCUCACAUUCCCCUUCUUCUUUGAAGUAGAGAGAGAAAGCACCAACAAUGGAAAUGGCUUCCUGUUCCAAGCCUCCAAUGAAACAGGCUUUCCUAAAAAACAAUUCUAUCUCUGAAUCCUUUCUCUCUCCUCAUAAAGUGUCCUCUUUGAGCCAGUGUCAUUGCGGUGGUGCCCAGCAAUUCAUCUCUCUUAAACACUUCUCUCAAACCAGCAGAAAGAGUCUUUGUGCGAAGACUCACUCUACUCUUCGUGAUAACACUCCUCAGCGACAAAUUGCAGUUCUCCUUGAAGUAGAAGGGGUCCUUGUGGAUGUAUAUCGUGCUGGCAAUCGCCAUGCCUUCAAUGUAGCUUUCCAAAAACUAGGACUGGAUUGUGCAGAUUGGACAGAUCCCAUUUAUCUAGACCUUGCAAGGAAAGCAGUUGGUGAUGAGGAAAGGAUGCUAGUUAUAUUUUUUGACAGGAUUGGUUGGCCGACAUCACUACCCACUAAUGAGAAAGAACAAUUCUUGAAGAGUGUUCUGCAGGAAAAGCGCAAGGCUUUGGACGAGUAUGUUAUGACCAGGAGUAUCCCUUUACGUCCUGGAGCUGAGAAUUUCAUUGAUGACGCCCUAAAGGAGGAUAUUCCAGUGGUCAUACUCACAGCAUACAGCAAAAAUGGGGAUAAGAUGGCCAGGUCUGUCAUUGAUAAGCUGGGCCUUGAAAGACUUUCAAAGAUAAAGAUAGUUGGGAAUGAAGGGGUAGAAAAGAGCUUCUAUGGUCAAUUUGUAUUUGGCAAAGGAGUAUCAGCUAGCUUGGAUGAGCAACUAGCCAAAGAGGCUAGAAAAGCAGCAUCUGCUGAGAAGCAAAGGAUUGCUGAGGAGGUCUCCUCAAAGCUGAAACUGAGUGUGGAGAUCGAUACCACUUCAUCUGAAAUUCUAGAGAAGGUUGUGGCUACAUUGCGAGCUGGUGCAGAAUAUGCUGGCUUGCCUGUACCCAAUUGCAUACUCAUAGCAGGAAGCCAAUCUGGAGCACUUGCAGCUGAAAGGAUAGGCAUGCCUUGUUUGGUUCUUCGAAGCAGCUUCACGGCUCGAGCAGAGUUCCGUUCGGCAAGGGCUGUCAUGGAAGGGUUUGGAGCGGGUGAUCUGACCAUCUCAAAACUACUCAAUAGAAGAUGGGACUAGAAAAACCCAACAAAAAGAAGAAAGAGCAAUAGAACACGUAUCAAGCAACGGGAAGAAUACGUCAAAGUGUAUGUUUGUGCAAUUCUUUUACAUAUGAUAUGCGCGUCCAUUUUUUGUAAUGCUCAAGGAUGUAACUUUGCUAUCCCUUUUGAGUAAUAACAUGGCGUCGGACGUAA